AUGCUUUAAAACAAACCAUCAAGAUCACUCUCACAUCAUACAAAAAUUACAGAUUAUAUGAAAAAAUUUAUUGAAACUAAUUAUAAAGAAUCUAUUCCUUCAUCAAUGAAAUAAAGCCGAUAAAACAAACAAAAUAAAUCAAUUGAUAAAACAUCUAAUGUUUAUAAAGUAUUUAAAAAAUUAAGAUAGGUAGAACUUCCAAAUGUUUAAUAAAAUGUUUGUCUAAAAUAAAGACAAUACAAUAAGUAAGAAAAAGAAAGAGAAUUACUGAUUUUAAAAGCUCUUCAAAAGUAUCAUCAUCCUUGCAUUUUAGAAUUAAGACAUCAUUUUAUGAAUAAUAAUUAAACAAAUAUGGUUUUUGAUUUUAUGCCUUUGAAUUUAGCCUAAGUAAUUUAAGGAUAUAAAUCUAAAAAUAGAGAAAUACCUUUGAUAUUAAUAAAAUCGUUUGCUUUUUAACUAUUAAGAGCAAUUAUAUAAUUACAUGAAUGUUAAAUAUGUCAUAGAAAUAUAUAACCUGAGAAUAUACUAAUAAAUGAUAUAACUUUUGAAUUAAAAUUAGCUGAUUUUUCAUAAGCUAAAUUUUUAUUUGAAGGAGAGGAAUCUAUAAAUAAUGUUAAUAAUGUUAGAUACAGAGCACCAGAAUUAUUACUUGGAGCCUUAAAGUAUAACAAUUCAAUAGAUUUAUGGGCAUAUGGAUGUAUAAUUUAUGAGAUGUACACUUUGAAUAUAGCAUUUGAAGGGAAUACAUAGGAAGAAGUUAUGGCUGAAAUUAUAAAGAUUUUAGGUGUUCCAAAAAAACAUGAAUUAUUAUCAAUGAAGAGUAUAUUUGAGGAUAUCAAAAUGCCAUAAAUAAAAAAGAAGGAAUGGGAAUUUAAUGAGACAAUAGAUUUUAUUAAACAAUUUAUAAAAUACACACCAAAUUAUAGAGGAAAAGCUAAACAAUAUUUAAAUCAUUCUUAUUUUAAGGAUGUAUUAUCAGGUUAAAUUCGUUUAAAUGGAAGAGAAUUACCAAAUAUAAAAAACUUUUAACCAAUUGAAUUGGAAAUAUUAGGACUAGAUUGA